CUAUACCUAUAUGUGUGGCAUUGGAGCUAUUGUGCUCCCUUUCAAUCCUUUAUGUGAUGGCAGAUAGACUGUGAGGGAAAGUGGCAUAUCUCCACCCUUUUUCAGUCUCUGAGUUUGCUGGCAGGAAUCCUGCAAGCUCGAUGAUAAUGUUUUUGCAUGGUAAAGCAAAUUAUUGUCUGCCACAAUCUAGAAUAAGCGGAUCUGCGAGUUUUCGUGGGUUUGUGCCUCUCAUUCGGCACUCGAAGGUGUCAAGCCACCGAUAUCAGCACUGCAAAGCUUCCAUAGAUGACUCAGAUAAGAGUCAGGAUUCGGAUGAGGGUGAUGGAAAGGUGUUUGGUGAUUGGAAGGCGUUCAGAGCGUCUCUCAUCAGUGCAGAGCAGGCCGGUGAAGGACAAGACAUCUGGUCAACUCGAUGGGUGCAAGAAAAUUUGCACCUUCUGCAGGAGCAGGACCGGAAGCUAGCUCAAGAGAGCAUAUGGGCACACGAGACCGAGCUACCAGAGAUUGGGGGCCUUUUAAUUGCUCAACCUCACAUACCGGAAAAGACCGGAGACGGCCGACUGUGGCAGCUAGUAAUUUUCCUGGUGGAGCACGGCCCCUCGGGCAGUGUAGGGCUGAUCCUCAACAGACCGGCAUCUGCCACAGUGGGCGAUCUGCUCUCCUGGGGCUACUCUUCCGUACAGAUGGAUGACAGCAGUGCAAAGCUGAUACAAGGGGCAUUUGCUGACUGCCAAGUGUAUCUGGGAGCCUUCUAUCCUCCAAAUCGAAUUGCGCGGCAACCGGUCACUCUAAUCCAUGGCCAGGGCCAUCUGGAAGGGAGCAAAGAGAUCACUCCUGGCAUUUACACUGGUGGUCUGCAACAGGCCAGCCGGGAAAUCCUGGAAGGCAGCUUGGACAAGGGCAAGUUCCGCUUCUUCUCUGGCCAGAUGCAGUGGAAGCCAGGGCAGCUAGCGCAAGAGAUCGAGCAAGGUUACUGGUACACUGCUGCAUGCUCAAGAUCCCUUGUGCUCAAGCAGUGUCUGAAGCUGCCAGUGCCCCUUUGGAAGGAGAUUCUGCUCUUGAUGGGUGGGGAGUACGCACAGAUUGCAAGCAAGAGGUAUCGGUGAUCUAAAGCUUGCAAGCUCAAGCAUUUGCAGUCGCAGCUGUAUGAUGCAGGUGCACAGUUGAAGUUGGUGCUGUGGCGGCCCAAAUGAUUUGUUUCCAUGAAGACGUGUUAUGUGAAGAUUAAUUGCAACUCUUUGGGAGGCGCACGGUGACGUCAUGGGAUUGAUCGUGCUGAUAUUAAUAGCUGUAGUGCUUACAUGGCAUCAGGCUGGAACUCAGCCAGAAAAUGGGUGCCUAAUCAGCUAGCAUGAACAUGGGCCCAUGACAUAACUGCAUAAAUGUAAGAAAAUUCAAUGGGUCACAGCAUCCUAGGAUCCUCACAUAGUGCCCUCAUGUAAAUUACAGUUGCAGUAAGAAGCUAGCAAAUUUCACAAGAUUUCUCACAUGAUCAAAACUGCUGUGCACCCCAUCAAACAUCGGCAAAUGUCCCUAUUGUUCAAGAAAGUCAGUAGUGGCUGGCCGCCUGUCCCACUGGCCAGCUCUCAACAUCUCUAUUGACCUCCUCACCAGGAAGACCUGCUGACACCAUUGCAAUUUGCCUCGCUAUAUACACCCCUCCUUAUUCCUACGCAGGUCUCCUCGAUAACAGACAUCCAGGUAAUAUACAACAUAAGAGCACUUGUCACAGGGUUUUCUUCCCCGAUGUAUUCAUCUGUGAAAUACCACAACUUGUGACGACCACAUCCCUUGAAGGACAGUCAGCAGCUACGCACGGCAGGCAGAUUGGUUGUGUUUGGUAUUGUAGAAGCUGUGAGUCAGUGAUGCCAGAGCGCCAACUUGGGCAGCUUCGCCGGACUUGGAUCCUGUUGCUAUGUAAUGUACAGCCUGCAGGAAGCUACAGAAGCACAGUGCUUGCCACAACCACACGGACUCAAACAGGUGCCUGCCAUGCUGGUCUUCGCCAUCGUCCCAGUCCCCGCCCCCUGAGUCCCCCCCAAAACCCCCGUUCCCAUCAUUGCUGCCACCAUCACCGUAGUCGUCAUCCUGCUCAUCGUUAUCCCCAGAGCCGGGUCGCCU